CAACUCUCUCUCUCUCUCUCUUCUCUCUCUCUUCUUUCUCUCUCUAGAGGCUUUGUCGUGUCGCUCCGGCGAGCCACCAAUGGCCAGGCCCCUGCUGCUGCACCUGCACCUUCCCCUCCUCCUCCUCCUCCUCUUCCUCCUCCGUACCACGCAGCGUUGUCGCUUCCUCCUCCCCCCCCUUCCCCUGCAAAUGUAGCAGGCUCUGUCCCAGAUUCUCUUCUCCCUCCCUUCUUCCUCUGCUGCUGCUCCUCCCACUCGCUCCCUUCGAUCCGUCCCCCGCAAUGUGCAUUCCCUGCUCCUUCCCUCCGCUCCUCCUCCUGUUCUGUGCCGAAUCUGCGGGCUUGGGUGCUUCGACGUUCUGGGUUCGAGCGGGAUUUUGAAUCUGGAGAGUGUGUUGUGUUCCCGGAGCCGCAUUUUGCUGCUGCUGCUGCUGCUGCGCUUAGCUUGGCUCCCGCCGCUCGUGUCCUGAAGAUUUGGUUUUUCGCUCUCUGGGUUCUUGCUUUGUUGGGGGUGCUCGAUGUUCGGGCAGCUAGUCAAAAGGUAACGAAAGGGAAAGAGACGCUGCCGGUUUUUGAAGACAUUUUUCGGGAUACCCGUGAUAGCUUCCUGCUAGCUGAGUCGGACGAGGCCAUUCGCGGUAGCUGAUGCAUUAUAGGUAUAAUCAACAUGGAGCAAUAUGAAAUACUAGAGCAAAUCGGCAAAGGAGCUUUUGGUUCUGCUCUUCUCGUGAGGCAUAAACAUGAAAAAAAGAAGUAUGUGUUGAAAAAGAUUCGUCUUGCUCGGCAAACUGAUAGGACCCGUAGAUCUGCACAUCAGGAGAUGGAGCUUAUUUCUAAAAUGCGGAAUCCAUUUAUUGUUGAGUAUAAAGAUUCAUGGGUGGAGAAGGGUUGCUACGUCUGCAUAAUAAUAGGUUAUUGCGAAGGAGGAGAUAUGGCUGAAGCUAUCAAAAAGGCUAAUGGCAUUCUUUUCUCUGAAGAGAAACUAUGCAAGUGGCUUGUGCAGCUCCUCAUGGCGCUUGACUACUUACACAUGAAUCACAUCCUCCAUAGAGAUGUCAAGUGCUCCAAUAUAUUCUUGACAAAAGACCAGGAUAUACGUCUAGGUGAUUUUGGACUUGCCAAGAUGCUCACUUCUGAUGAUCUUGCUUCCUCAGUCGUGGGAACUCCCAGCUACAUGUGUCCAGAGCUUCUUGCUGAUAUUCCUUACGGUUCUAAAUCCGACAUUUGGUCUCUCGGAUGCUGCAUGUAUGAAAUGACUGCACAUAAGCCUGCAUUUAAAGCAUUCGAUAUGCAAGCACUGAUAAACAAAAUCAACAAGUCCAUAGUGGCUCCACUUCCUACAAAAUAUUCUGGGGCAUUCCGGAGUCUUAUCAAAAGCAUGCUGCGGAAAAAUCCAGAACUCAGGCCAAGUGCUGCUGAACUGCUUGGUAACCGACAUCUUCAGCCUUAUGUUCUCAAAAUACAAAUGAAAAUCAAUUGCCCCAGACGCAAUACAUUGCCUGCCCAGUGGCCAGAAGAUGCUCGGGCUUACAGGAAAUACCGGUACUCGUCCAGCAAUAAUAGGGCCUUGAAUCCGAGUAUAUCUGGUGCUGAGCACGAUUCUGUUUGUUCCACUGAAGGAAGAUAUGUUCCUAGUUAUUUAAAUGAGAGAUUCGAAGAACUGUCAGUUGGAAGCACACAAGGCACGGUGAUUUGCAAGCCGAUUUAUUCAAAAGCAUCCAGUGUUGUCAAAAACCCAAAAAUAAGUCCUGCAAACGCUUCUGCCACUCCAAAAAAACGAACAGAACCACUGAAGAAGCGUGAAUCACUUCCUGUUUCACGUGCUCCGGAGAAUCCUGUCCCUGCAGCUCGCAGAGCAUCUUUCCCGCUGCCCAAUGAUAAUGUUCUCCACCAUCUGAAGUCUCCUGAUGUAUCUGUCAACUCACCACGAAUAGACAAGAUAGCUGAAUUUCCACUAUCUUCGUGUGAAGAACCCUUCUUAUCUAUUCGGAGAACUUCUUCAAUGUCUGCCCAAGGUUCCUCUGGCUCCCCGCAUUAUGCAGAUGGAUCAAUAACGAAGGACAAAUGCAUGGUUCAGAUUUGCAACAAAUCUUCUAGAAAGCCCGCUUAUUCUGAUCUCUGGCAGGGGAUUCAGAGAAGCAUGUUUCAGGUUGAGAAGGAGGAUGGAAGUGACUCUUCUAACCAAAAUGCAACUGCAGGGGCAUCAAGUCGCACUUCGUGCGACUCGCGGCGGCGCCGGUUUGACACGUCAUCAUACCAGCAAAGGGCCGAGGCUUUGGAAGGGCUGCUUGAGUUUAGUGCGAGGUUGUUGCUGCAGGAAAGGUACGAUGAGCUUAACGUGCUCCUCAAGCCAUUUGGGCCUGGAAAAGUUUCCCCUAGGGAAACUGCCAUUUGGAUAACCAAGAGCUUCAAGCAGAAUACUUUGAAACCAGAAGAUUAGUUCGACAGAACCAAUGCCACGUGUAGCAUAAUUGUUAGUCGUAGUUGAUCAGAGUGGGAUUAUAGAAGCUUGUCGACGGGGAUGGAUACGGGAGGCACUAGGCACUUAGGCAGACUAAACGAGUAUUUAGGUUAGAGUUCCGGGCACUUACAGUUUUGCCACUCCGUUUUAUGACCUUCCACUCGGUAUCAUCUACAUCAAUUGUUCAAAUCUAAGCUGACAGUGACGUUAGUUCCACUGUAGUGUACGUAUUGACUCAUUUACUUGUUAUAAUGAAUACUGGCUAGGACGAGUCCUUGCAAAUAAGACCUCUCUCUCUCUCUCUCUCUC